UCUAACCAGUCAGCGUGUUAGAAGGGAGGAGAGAGAUGUCUUCGUCGGGGAUACCAUCUUCGGUGAAAGAAGCCCACCAUGAUCUUCGCAAGCAGAUUGGAUGCAUAAAUGUGAUAUUCCAGCUGUUUGACAGGCACCAUUUCUUCACUGGCAAACGAGCAGAUUGUCAUAACAACAAAAAACCAGUUACAGGUGCAAACCACAAUGGGGAGCCCAGAAUCGCAACAGAAAUCGAAUUGGAAAGGACUAAACGAGUGGUGGGUUCUGAUGAGUCAUACAAGAUCCUUUCUUCUUCUUCGUCUUCGUCUCCAUGCCCAUCCACUCCCUCAUCACUUGACCGAAACAAAACCGCUACACAAGAAUCACCAUCUUGCACCCAAACCAAUUUUUCUAGAAUCCCCGAGGCCUUGGACAUGAAUCAACAUAAACCUUCAUUGUACUCGAGUAGGCAGUUAUCUGUCAAAACGGGGGCUAAAGAAGAGGACAGAAUCCGUGUAAUGAAGCACAUAGAUUCGCCUAGGCCUCUGCAGCAGUCCCCUGAUCUCCGAGAUGUAGUGAAGAACUCAAUGUACCGAGACAAAGAAGAGGGAAGAGUCCGGGUAAUGAAGCACAUCGAUUCUCCCAGGCCUUCGAAGCCAUCUGCAAAAGUAUCAACGAGAGGUCAUUCAAGAUUUCAAGAAGCUCCAUUCUCAUUCAAGGAAGAUAGAGAUCAUACCUUGCAGCAUGCGGGAAGGGAUCCUUGUCGUUUCUCUUAUGAUGGAAUUGAAUCACGAGAAACAUUGAAGUCGACAAUGAAGCAAGGAGAGCUUCCUAGGCUAUCAUUAGACAGUAGAGUAAGGUCCAUAAGGAGCUCUGCAUCUGAAACCAGAUCAAAUUUCCUCGUACAGAAUCGUCACGAGGGAGAUGAGAACUCCGUCAGCACACCCACCAGAAACGAAGAAUUUGGAAGCCAUAGACGAUCUUCAAGCGUGGUGGUAAAGCUAAUGGGUUUAGAAGGUUUUCCCGAGCCUACUUCCAUCAAUGACGAUCAGGUAUUAAAAGAAAGAUUCAUUUCUGUCGAAAAUUCUGUUCCGAAAUCACAGGGAUUGGGUCAACACAGCAAGCAAAACCAAGAAACCAGAUCUUCACAGGAUUCACAAAAGGAUUCUGUCUCACCACAUUCUCGACCUACCAAACCAACCUCUUAUUCGAGGUUUCCACUAGAACUUGCACCAUGGAGGCUAUCAGACUCCAGUAGGGCCCCACAGAAAACACUGCUAAGAAGUAAAGAAGCCUCCACAAAUCCUCAACAGAUAUCCUCAUCGGUUUAUAGUGAAGUUGAGAAAAGGAUUACUGAACUUGAGCUCGAUAAAUCCGGGAAAGAUCUCAGAGCACUCAAACAAAUACUUGAAGCAAUGCAGAAGACACGAGCAAGGUUAGAGAACCAAACAGAAGAGGUGGCUGACUUUGAUACCGAUUCUCAAUCGAACAGUUAUGCUACAGAUUAUGGUUGCAGUCCCAGGCUAUCAAUGCAGCAAAGGCAGCAAUGCCAUCACUCAUCUCCGACGGAAAAAAGAUCUUGUCCUCCAAAGAGGGUCAAAUCUUCCAAUCCAAUCAAGCAAUCUGCCAAACUAAAUGUUCAAGUAAGAGUUGCAAGUUCCUCUACACGCAACAGAGAUGACUCGGUUAACAAAGAUCGAAAGAACUUGACACCUAGGAAAAAUAUUAUCAAAGGCCCCACUCAGAGUCUUCCUUCUAUAGAGAAGAUCAAUCAAAGAACAUCAAAUGCACUGCAAGCUUCGAAAGGCUCUGCACACAUGAAUGGAGGUCGGCAUCCUGUGCUUGACAGGAGCCCUGGGGCUGUAAGUCCAAGACUGCAAAAGAAAAAGCUUGGCAUGGAGAAGCAAUCUGAACCAAGCAGGAUUAGAAGGAAAGAAAAUAAACAACCCAAAGAAUCAGAAUCAUCAAAUAGGAGACCAAAACUGAAAUCUGCCAAUCAGCGACAAAGUUAUAGCCACCUCAGCGAGAUAAGCAGUGACACAGGAACCUUUAGUGAGCAAGGUGACACAGCUUCAGUGCAAUCAGAGAGCAACAAUAGCUUGGCCUCAUAUAUGGAGACAGAAGUCACAAGCACAUAUCAUAAUAUUGAAAUGGGAGCAAAACAGCAAGUCGUCCAUAAAGAGACAAAUUCUGAAAUGAGAUUGAGAAAAGACACAAUGAUGGCAGAACUUGCAAUGGCUACAAUUGAACAACCUAGCCCUGUCUCUGUGCUUGAUGCUACAUUCUACAUAGAAGAUUCACCAUCCCCAGUGAAGAAGAAGAUAUCAAUAGCUUUUGGAGAUCAUGACAUUUCAGAUGCUAAUGAAGAAGAAUGGCACACAGAGGAUUUGGACCACUUACCGUUCAGCACCAGACACAAUCUUAGCUCUGGAUUCAAUCAUAAGAGUUUAGAAAACGUUGAUCACCUGCUUCAUAAGCUCAGGCUACUAAAUUCUACUCCCCGUGAAGGUGCCAUGAAUGAAAUAGCUCCUUUCUGCCAAGGUGAUAAUUCUGACCAUCGGUAUAUCACUAAAAUAUUGCUGGCAUCAGGCCUCCUCAAAGAUCUAGAUUGUGUCUCGACAACUGCUCAGCUUCAUCCAUCAGGCCAUCUGAUUAACCCCAAGCUGUUCCAUGUACUGGAACAAACUGAGGAAAGCACUUGGCUAACAUGCGAAGGACCACAAGAAAACAUUGCCAAGAUAAAAUUUGAAGAGAAAAUUCACAGGAAAGUUGUAUUUGAUACAGUGAAUGAGAUUCUUGCACACAAGCUAGCUUUAGAAGGCUCUUUAAUGCAGGAGAGAAAUUUCAGUGGACAGCAGCUUUUGAAAGAGCUAUAUGCAGAGGUGGACCAUCUUAGGCCUGAAUCAGACAGCUUCCUAGGCACUGAGGAUGAUGAAUUGGUUAAAAUCAUAAAGGGAGAUUUAAAGCAUGAAUUAGAAGAUUGGGUAGAACAUCGUGGUGAGCUUCCAGCAUUGGCAUUGGACAUUGAGCGCCUAAUAUUUAAGGACCUGAUUACAGAGGUAAUAAGUAAAGAGGUUGUGUGGCUCCAAGAUAGACCAAGAAGACAUUCCAUGCAACUAUUUACAAACUAGUGGUUUCAUCUUCUGAGCUUUCUAUUGUAGCAUCCUACGCAUCCUUUUUCUUUUCUAACUUGUGUAUGAGCAAACACUAAAUGUAUGAUAUUCAAGCAUUUAUAAAAGAGACAACUUCUGUCUCAAAGUUAGCUAUGCAUUUCAAUUC